UGCAUUUUGGCAUAGGCUUUUUUAAAAGUCAUCCGCAGCUGGGUUUGGAAAAAGUUUAUGACAGGAUGUGUCAUCCUUUUUCCACUAGCUAUUACAUUCUAUGUUACUUGGGGUUUAAUUCACCUCGUUGAUGGUUUCUUCUCCCCAGUCUUUGAUCAUCUAGGCAUUAAUAUUUUCGGUCUGGGAUUUGCUACAUCCAUCACAUUCACCUUUUUAGUAGGUAUUUUCAUGUCGUCUUGGUUAGGAGCGUCAGUUCUUACUCUCAGCGAAUUGUUCAUUAAGAAGAUGCCUCUCGUGAGCUAUAUUUAUAGUGCCUCAAAGCAAAUAAGUACUGCGAUUUCACCAGAUCAGAAUUCUAAUGCUUUCAAAGAAGUCGCGAUCAUUCGGCAUCCCGGUAAGGGACAAUAUAUGUUCGGUUUCAUCACUUCUACAGUUGUUCUUCAGAAGGGUGUAGGUGAAGAAGAACUCUGUUGUGUUUAUGUUCCUACAAACCAUCUGUAUCUUGGUGAUAUCUUUCUCAUUAGUUCAAGAGAUAUUUUGAGGCCUAAUAUAUCCGUUCAAGAAGGGAUCGAAAUUGUGAUCUCCGGGGGUAUGUCUGUGCCUAAACUAUUCACCACAGUUGAUGCAUCAGGCAUUUCAACAAGAACAAUCAAUUUUUAAGGAUCCAUACGAGAAUGGAAGACUAAUAAUUAAAGCUCAUUUCCUGUCCGUUAUUGUAUACAUGCUGGACUGGACGAACCAUACACAGUUCAUUUAAGAAAUCAAUAAUC